AUGGCAGAAUACGAUAGUGUUGAAUUCCGAUUUGGAUCUCCUCAAGUUAGUGUCCCACAGUGUGAGAAACACUCGGAAAUUGAAAACCUUUUCUGUAACGACUGUGAUGAAUUAAUAUGUACAGACUGCGCAAAAACAGAACAUCGAAAUCACGACUGGAACACGGUCCGAAAAGCAUCAACCAAGAAGAAAUCGCGCCUCUCCGGAAUAUGCCUGGAAAUCAAAGACGAAGAGCUGCCAAAUAUUGCAAAGCAGAUUGUAAAAAUUGAUUCGAUGGUGAAACAAAACAUUGCAGAUCGAGAUGGAGAAAUAUCCAAAUUAGAAUGUCACUACAGAGAAAUUUUAAGCGAAUUUACCAAAUGUGUCGAAGAAAGUAAGAAAGUUUUAAAAACUGGAGCCGAAAAGAAGAACAGAAAACUGAUGGAAAUUCAGUCGAAGUUAAAGGAAAAAGAGACAGAACUCCGGGACAGGGUCGGGGAACUGGAAGGUUCUUGCUCCCUCUCUGGCUACAAUUUGCUGAAUGUGAAUUGUCGAUUAAACAAGGUUUCGUCUUUAGUUAAAGACGAGGAAAUUGAAAAUCAAAGAUAUUCGUUACAUUUUAAAAAUGGUACAAUAUUAAAGGAAAUUGUAACAUCUUUCCUUGGAGAAGUUAAAGAUUUCGACGACUUUUCUGUGACAAAAAUUGCGUCGUUUAAACACGAGAAAGGGAACAUCAUUGCUUUAGAGGUGGACAACUACGAGAAUGCUAUUCUAGUAGCCUCUGACCAAACUCACUUCGACAAAGUUACCAAGAAAGGAAAACUAAAGAGUAGAAACGAAAUUGAUUGCGAUAUAAACGUUAUUGCCGUACUCUCCGAUGGCGAUAUUCUUUUCUCAGACAGCGGAAAUAGAGCAGUUAAACGGCUAACCAACAACAAACUUGCGACUAUCGUGGAAACCUCUCCACUUACUCCUGAAGGGGUAUGUUUGACAACUGAUGGUGACUUUUUGGUCACAAUGGCUGAUCCUUGUGGAGAAACAUGCACAAAAGAUUGCAAAGGUUUAGUCAAACUGUACUCUCUGCAAGGACACGAAAAGAAAGUUUAUGAAUACCAAGAAAAUGGAAGAAAGUUUUUCACGCAGCCGUUCAGAAUAACAGAAAACGCUAACACGGAUAUUUGCGUUUUGGACAACUUGGAUGAUGAACAUGGUGUUCUUAAAGUGAUAUCAAGGACCGGUCGUUUCCGCUUUAUUUACAAAGGAAAUAAAGGUCAUCUAUUCUUCCCAGUGGAUGUUGUUUGUGAUAACCUUUGCAAUUUGAUUGUGAUGGAUGCAAAAAACUACAGCAUUCAUCUUCUGGAUUCUGGUGGCGAAUUUCUCAAAUACUUGAGAACAGACCAGGAAGACAAGAAAACUUCAUUAUCGCUGGCCCUUUGUGGGGACAUUCUAUGGACUGGGGGUCACAGUGGACAUUUAAAUGUGUACAGAUAUUCAAAUCAUUUUUGA